CACAUCUCCGACGCGUCUCCUUCAAGACUGCAGCUUAUUACAAAACGGUCAACUAAUUAACUCAAACUUUCAAAACUCUCCUCGAUCACCCUUUCUCUCGCCCAGAUUCAUUCAUUUCCGCCUCUUCUCUCCCGCAGCCAACAAUCUUUUCUCCUUGACUUGUAAUCUCGCCUGUCGGUCGGUCGGUCGGUCGUUCAUUCUUGCUUCAUCGAUCGAUUCAAUGGCAAUCAUCGCCGCUGCGGGAGGUGAAAGUCGUGGUGGAGACGUGAAGGUGGUGCUCAUCGACACGCGUUACGUGGUGACCGAGCCCGAGAGCUUCAAGUCGGUGGUUCAGAGGCUCACGGGAAAGGAUUCCUGCGUUUCUUGGAUCCAAGAAGAGGCGUCUUUCACCGCCGCUACAAACCGAAAGAGGCCGAAUACCUCUAAUGGGCAGUUUUCGAAAGGGAUGUCGUUCAAGGACUUGGACCGGAUGAUGCUAGAGAUACCUGCGGCGGAGGAGCUGCGUGCUGCGUCAAUUGUGGAGCCAAGUAUAACUUAACUUAAUAGUUUGUAGUUUAGCGUUGAAGCUUUUGUCAGUUUGUGUAUAUGAAACGGCAACGUUUUUAGUGUCGUGGGUCAUCAUGAAUAUAUACAUUCCUUCAUUUUUUUAUACUAAUUAAAAUUUUACUCCUGCCUGUUUUCAGCCAUGAAAAUGAAGAUUAAAUCCCUAGUGAACCAUCGAUACACGUGGGAAAUGGGAUAAUCAAAAGAAAAUGGUCAACUGUGAGAUCUUUGAUUCCCUUGUUUGACCGCUGACUUUGCACCUAACACCAAAUUAAGAAUCCUUUCUCAUGAUGAAACGGCAAUUAGAGGUUUCCCACCAAUCGUCCUCUCUAGAUACGGCGAGAGUCGAUCAUGCCAAGUUUGUGGUCCCUCUAUGAAUGACGGGGAGAAGUGAUUCCUAAAAAAAACACCAAGUUGUUAGUCAAAGGAAAGCAAAAUAAAAUAUUUUAAAAGAA